CCGGUGCCUCUCAGAUCUUGCAAUAAUCUGUUGAAAUAGCACCUUUCUGUUCCUAUCAACAAGAAAAAAGGAGCUUUUACUGUUGAAAUCUCGGGAAGUCCGCUAAUUUAAUCUUCCUGUAUCAAUCCCAACUAUCCACCCUCUAUUCUAUACCCCCCUCCCUCACAAGAUGACCCAAAACAAGGCUGCCUGGAUUCCAGAUCCUACUGCGCAUCCAUUCCGCAUCCAAGAUGCCCCAUAUCCCAUCCCAGGACCCGGAGAAAUCGUGAUUAAGAAUGCUGCUGUUUCUAUUAAUCCCGCUGACUGGAAAAUCCAGACAUACGGUGCUCCCUGGCUAGGAAAGUGGCCCUUCAUUCUGGGCACCGAUGUCGCCGGAGUGGUGGUCAAUGUCGGCCCGGGUGUGACCCGCUUCACCAACGGCCAGCGAGUCGUCGCGUAUUGCCACUGUCUCGGGACAGGGAAUCCUGCCAAUUCCGGAUUCCAGUUAUACACCUUGGUGAAGGACACCACGGUAGCAGGAAUCCCCGACUCGAUUACCUUUGAACAAGCCGCGGUGCUACCGCAGGCUAUUUCGACUGCUGCGGCAGGCCUAUUCCUCAAAGAAAGCCUCGAUCUUCCCAUACCCUCUGCUAGUGCUGGGGUGGUGAAGCCGACAGGAAAAAAGUCGAUUCUUAUCUGGGGUGGUGCGUCCUCGGUGGGCGCAACAGCUAUUCAGUUCGCAGAUGCAGUAGGUCUAACAGUCAUCACGACUGCAUCGGCGCAUAACCAUGAGUUGGUCAAGUCUCUAGGCGCAAGUGCGGUUUUUGAUUAUAAGUCGUCUACUGUUGUUGAGGAUCUGGCUAGUGCGCUCACCGAUACGGACCUGGUUGGCGUCUUUGAUGCGAUUUCUGAACCUUCGAGUUUUGAAUUGGUGCGUGCUAUUCUGGAUCAGUUGAAUGUGGAUGUUAGGACUAUUUGUGUUUCGCCAUAUGAUAAACCUACGGAACGAUUUGCUCCGAUAUUUAUCAGUUCCAAUUUCCUAACCUGUGACUCCAACAAAUAUGUCGCCGACGGUAUUUGGAGAGACUUUGUCUCAGAAGCCCUGGAGAAUAAACGCCUUAAACCAAAGCCAGACCCUGAGGUUGUUGGGAAAGCACUGGAAGAUAUCCAGGAUGGUGUGGAUGUUCUAAAGAAAGGCGUCUCGGCUAAAAAGCUUGUUGUCACUCUGUGAUAAUCAAGGUGCCAAUCCAUACAUAGUCGUUCAAGGUUAUCCUGCGCUGCCUAAAUUCGGUACUGGCACGUUCGGAAUUCCCGUCGGUAAUAUGGUGAAAUGAUACUUCGUCCUGAUUAUUCCCC